GUAGACGACUAGGCGUGAGCCAGAGAGACGCCCAGCCGAGCCGUGCUGAGGAGUGGGGGAGCGGUGGAGAGAGUUCUCACCCCCCCUGUCUCCUGUGUGAGUGGAUGAGUCCGGAGUCUGGGCUGUCAUGGCGCUGCCCUGUGUAAGGCUGGGAGCUCUGCGGCUCCGUUCCGGGGCUCUCUACAGGUUCCUAUGUAGAAGCAGUAGCCACCAAGCAGCUGCUGCUGCAGAAGAAAUAGACAUUCCAAAGAAGAAGACCUGGGAUAAAACAGCUGUUCUGCAGGCACUAGCCUACACCGUGAACCAUGACCCAACAUCGGCUGGCUAUAGUUUUCAAGAUGAUCCUUACCUCUUGCCAAGAUCGAAUGCCGAUUAUAAUAUAUAUUCCAUGUCGAAAGAGUCGGGAAGAAAUGCUGCAAAAUAUAUAGUGAACAUGUAUCCCAAUCUAUUUGAGAACAACAUAGCCGAGCCUCUUAUUCCACUCCUGAUGCCGGAGAACGUCCAGCCACAGAUUGAAGCAAUCAGCGAAGAAGCCUUGACUGAGCGCAUUAAACUCAGGAAAGUCAAAGAGUCCGUGGACUUGUAUGACCAGCUUCUUCAAGCCGGAACACCACCAUCUAUAGAGACCGCAAAUCGACUUCUAGAUCUUCUGUGCUUUUACGGUGAUGGAGAUCCUGCAUCGGAGAGCCAGCCAAAUCCAGACCAGGAGAAUGAGACUACAAAUGGCCAGAAGAAUCUAGGUUUCCAGAAUAUGCCAGAAGUGAAGCGUUGGAGGGAUAACAACAAUGCAGAGAGAAUCUUUAACCUAAUGCCAGAAAAAGACGCGCAUUCCUUCCGAACCAUGAUUCGAGGAAUGGUGAAGCAUGCAGCUUUCAGCAAGGCAUUUGACAUGUACACAGAUCUUCUCAAUAACAGGCUAACCGGAGAUGUACACACUUUCAAUGCUCUCAUCACGGCCGUUCCAAGAGUUAAAAUUGACAGCAGAGAGAAGUGGGCUUCGAUGGUGGACCUGCUUAAUCAUAUGAUUCGGCAAAACGUUCAGCCAAAUUUGCUCACCUUCAACUCCAUCCUAAAAAGCUUGAGGAAAACCAACCUAAAAGGAAUAGCAGUACAAACGCUCAAUGAGAUGAAAGCCCUGAAUAUCGAGCCAAGUCUUGCAACAUUCAGCCACUUGCUGGUGGUGUUUUAUAGACCGGGUGAUUUCUCAGGCCAGGCUGAAGUUCUUGAUGAUAUUCUUCCAAAGAUCCAAGGAAAGUGCUUUACAGCCCAGGAUCCAGAUGAUGUGAAAUUCUUUGCAGAGGCAGUAAGAGUGUGUCUGGAAACAAAGGACAUAGAAAUGGCUUAUAAAUUGGAUGCCGUGAAGAACACUGGAGACAACUGGAAACUUCUUGGAAACCGCACCUUGGUGUCCUACUACUAUGGCAAGUUUUUUAACAUCCUCUGCCUGCUGGAGAGCCUUGACGUGGUCCUGAAGUGGUACAGAGAGAACAUUCCUUCUAGGUUUAUUCCUAAUAUAAAAGGGAUCGUGGAUCUUCUGCAGGUGAUAGAGAUGGAGAACCGCUUUGAGCUUCUACCUCAGAUCUGGAAAGAUGUCACUCUGAUCGGCCAUUCAAACAAGGAUGAAUUGUUGAGAGAAUUUCUUCAAAUAAUGACACGAGAGAAGCAGAAUCCAGAGCUCCAGAAUGAGUUUGCGAAUAUUGCUGCAUCCAUUAAAUCCAUCUAUGAAGCCGCUGGCAGCUCAUCGUCCCAUCUGAAGUCGUCUGCCACCACCUUGGGGGAUAUCGCCAUCUUGCUGUGCAGAGCUGGGAGAAGUGAGGAAACCUGGGCGACACUGAAGUUCUUCAGGUCCCAAAACCUGGUUCCUGGGUUACAUGUGAUUGACGAGCUCCUGGACUGUGCGAGAGCGUCGGGCGGCACCAGUGUGGCCUUUGACCUUGUGCAACUGGCCGUCAGCUACAGCUUGCCAAAUACAGCCAAGCUUGCCCAAACCGUGCUGGAUGAGUUCACACUUACUGAAGAGCAAAGGAUAACCCUACAAGACCUGACUCCGGACAGCGGUAGUAGUACUAGUAGCAGCAGCAGUGACAGUGAUCGGGACUGAGGUGACCUGCAGACACUUUUCCAUCAACCUCAUUACAUCUGGUGGUAGACUGCAUUUAUGGAAAUGUACACUUUAUUUUUUACAUUUUUUCAACUUGUGCAUAUAUUAAAUUAUGAAAAACAAAAU